AUGCUCAGUUUGGUGUAUAUUUCUAGAGAGGUUUUUUUUUCUGGGGAGAGUGUAUGUGAUCAGCACAGGGCCAAUCAACACUGUCCAGACAGAGAGGCAGGGGUUCUACAUCCUACUAGAGCAGAAAGAAAACUCUUACAAACUUUAACCAGUGCUCUGCUGGACACUGAUAGAAGUCACAAAACUGCUCUAACUGCUGAUGAGAAAAGGUAUUAAGCCGUUUUUAUUUACUAAAAUAAUUGCAUUUCCAUGUAGUGUGUACUGUGGGAGACCAGAUAUAGUUAAUUCAGGGUCCUGGG